CCCACCUUUUAUAAAAUGGCGGGGCGCGUGCCCACCCGGUUGGACUCUGGGAUGGAUGUCGCGGGUGAAGGUUGUAAGCGUGAGGCUCCCUGGAAGAAGAUGUCUAAGGAGGAGCUGGAGCAUCAGUACUCCCCCAGCAGGUGGGUCGUCCGCCGGGGACCAGAGGAGGCCUUGAAGACCUACUUUCAGAUGGGAAACCACGCCACCCAGAGGGCCCGGGCCUCCAGGAGGAGCCUGCUCGAUGUCCCCUACGGAGACGGUGAAGGGGAGAAGCUGGACAUCUACUUUCCCAAGGAGGCGUCUGAAGCCUUGCCUUUCCUCGUGUUUUUUCACGGAGGUUACUGGCAGAGUGGAAGUAAAGACACGUCAGCCUUCAUGGUGAGCCCACUGACAGAAGAGGGAGUGGCCGUGGUGAUAGUGGCUUAUGACCUCGCCCCCAAAGGUGCCCUGGACCGGAUGGUGGACCAGGUGACCCAGAGCAUCACAUUUGUCCAGACGCGGUAUCCAGGCAACCAGGGGAUUUACCUGUGUGGACAUUCAGCCGGGGCCCACCUCGCCGCCAUGAUGCUCCUGGCCGACUGGACCAAGCGUGGAGUCACGCCCAACCUCAAAGGCUUCUUCCUGGUGAGUGGCAUCUAUGACCUGGAGCCCCUGAUGCACACCUCGGAGAAUGCCUGUCUCCUCACCACCCUGGAGGACGCUCAGAGGAACAGCCCACAGUGGCGCCUGGAGACAGCCCCGAUGCCACCCAAGGAUCCAGCCUGCCACAUCCUGGUGAUCGUGGGCCAACACGACAGCCCUGAAUUCCACCGACAGUCCAGGGAGUUUUAUCAGACGCUGCGGCGAGGAGGGUGGCGAGCCUCGCUGGACGAGCUCCAAGGCGUGGAUCACUUUGAAAUCCUUUGGAACCUCACCCGGAAGGACUUCGCGCUCACGCAGAUUAUUUUGAAAACAAUCUUCCAGGAGUCCUGGUGACACCUGAACCCGCGCUGACAUGCCCCCUGACUUAGGAAGCGUCUCUAAAGAGCCUGACUGCCCCCGCUUCCCGCCAGCCUCAGCUCUCCCUGCCCCCCAGCAGCACGCCGUCCACGUGUUCCUCUCACUGCUCUGCACCCGGGCGCGCGUCUCCACGUCUGCCUCUGCCUGGAUCCAGCGGGCGCCAGGGUUGGUCUGGCCAAGGUCCACGUGAUGGGUCGUGCCCAUCACGCCUCUCAGCCAAGCCCCCUGCCCGCUGAGGCCAAGGCUGGAGGGACAGCUCCCAGCCAAUAUGAAGACCAAGAGCUCCCCAAACAUCUUUUGCUUCAUUCCUUUGUCUGCUCUGUCCUGGGCUCCACCCGAUGUCUGGAUCCAUCCCAGAAAGUCCUGGGGUGUUCUCCUUGGGGCUAACGCCUUGACUGGCAGGACAGUGACACGGACAGGUAGGACACACUUCCUUUGCUCCCCCUGCAGGUGUGUGUGCAGUUCCCACCUACCACCCACCUCUGUCUCCCCCUCUGAAUAGCUAGCUCUUAAGAAUGAUCCAUUAGGACUUCCCGUCACGCGUGGCUCAGUGGUUAACGAACCUCACUAGUAUCCAUGAGGAUGCGGGUUCCAUCCCUGGCCUCGCUCAGCAGGUUAAGGAUCCGGCGUUUCCGUGGGCUGUGGUGUAGGUUGCAGACGUGGCUCGGAUCUGGCGUUGCGGUGGCCGUGGCGCAGGUGGCAGUGGCUACAGCUCCAAUUAGACCCCUAGCCUGGGAAUUUCCGUAUGGGUGCAGCCCUAAAAACACAAAAUAAAAAGACAAAAGACAGGAAAAAAAAAAAAGAAAGAAAGAGGUCUAUGUUUACACCUGGAAACAUCUCCAAGACAUACUAUUACCUGAUAAAAGACACGAUGCUCAGUGGUAGAACGUGCUAGGUACCAUUUCGGUGACAUUACUGAAUACUCAUAACAUGACGUGUUUCUGUCUGUGUACACAGGGCGUGCAGAGAAAAUUUGGGGGAUGUUCCAUACCUAAUGCCUCUUCUUUCUGGGAAGGAAAGUGAAGUUGGGAACAUGGGGGUGUUUUGGCUUAUCUGUAUUCUUUGCAUCUUUCAGGAUAAGAGUAUAGUCAGGCAAAAAUAAACUGUUGGGACCUAAUUACAAUUAAAAGCUCUUGCACAGCAAAGGAAACCAUUGACAAAAUGAAAAGAGAACCUACUGAAAGAAAAUAUUUGCAAAUAAGAUGACUGAUAAGGUAUUUAUAUCUAAAAUAUUGAAACAGCUCAUACAAAUCGACAUCAAACAACCCCCCUGGGAGUUCCUUGGUGGAGUAGUGUCAGGGCUUGUGGUUUUCACUGCUGCAGCCGGGCUUCAGUUCCUGGUCUGGGAACUGAGAUCCCAUGUCAAGCCGCUGUAUGCUGUAGCCAGACAAAAAAUUACCCAAUUAAAAAAUGGGCCAAAGAACCCCAAUAGACAUAUUUCCAAGAAGGUGUACAGAUAGCCGACAGGUACAAGAAAAAAUGUGACUUGACAUCGCUGCUCAUCGGGGAAAUGCAAAUCAAAACCACAGCGAGAUGCCACCUCACACCUGUCAGAAUGGCCAUCAUCAAAAAAACCCCAAAAUAGCAAAUGCUGGUGAGGAUGUGGAAAAAAACGCAGCCUUCGUGCACUUUUGGUGGAAGUGUGAAUUGGUGCAGCCACUGGGGAAAACCUUAUGGAGGUUUCUCAAGAAACUAAAAAUAGAACUACCUAUGACUCAGCAAUUCCCCUCCUGGGUAUGACUCUGAAAAAAGUGCAAACACUAAUUCAAAAAGAUAACAUGCGCCCCAGUGUUCUUAGCAGCAUUAUUCACAGGAGCCGAGAUACGGAAGCAUCCUAAGUGUCCGUCAACACUAGUAAGUGGCCUGGGGAUUGAACCUGUGUCGUGGUGCAGCAGAGCCGCCACCAAUCCUGUUCCGCCACAGUGGGAACUCCAAGAACUCCAGAAAUCUCUAGUCAUUGUCUUUCAUGAGCCAUCUCAGAGUGGAACAAGCCUUUCUAAGUGUGGCAAAAAUAGAAGAGACACCAACCAGAUACAGAAAACAGAAGUCAGAAAGAAAAUGAGUGAUAGAUAAAUAUGACUGCAUAAAAAUGUAGCCUUCUUCGGGGGUUUGGGGUGGGGGGGAGACAUGCCAAAAAAAAAAACAAAAAAAACUGGGUUGGGGGACGUGACCCAUGAAGUGAAGUCACUUUGUAUAAAAACUCUUACCAAGCAAUAGGAAAAAUAUUAACCUAACCAAGAAUGGGGCAAAACCCAAAGGGGUAAUUCACAGAAAAGAAAUUUAAGCGACCAGUAAAAGCGAGAUGAGAGGGAUCAGCCUUUUAUCUUAAUAACAAGACACAACCUAAACCAAACACUGGAAUGUCUUGCUUUCUCAGAUGGGCAGAGAGCAGAACCUUUGAUGCUUACACUGCAUUGUGGGGAAAUGAGCUCUCAGGGUGCCAGAGAAAAUGGCCUUGACCUCACAUGAACCAGGGGGACCUUUGACCCCAGGACCAUAGCAAGUAAUGAAACCGACCCAGCCCACCCUCCCCGUGUGAUCUACUUGUUAUCCUUGGUGUGUUUCCCUCCCCACUCUGUUUUUCACAAAAUUGCUCACUAUUUUCCUAUAAAUUCAGCUGAGAAAUAAAUCCAAGCUACCAGCUU